GCACCUGAAAACGAAGGCUGCCAUGUUGCAGUGGCGAAGCUGAGCAGUGCUAACAGUGACUGUGGUGAAGUAUCGGCUGCUCAGUGAACUGCAAAGGGUUCACAAGGCGCCUUCCGAGGAUUUAUAUAUAUUUAUUAUUUUAAUUUAAAGCUAUCUGGGUCACAGAAUGAGCGGAGGGACGCCGUAUAUCGGGAGUAAAAUCAGCCUGAUUUCCAAGGCCGAGAUUCGCUAUGAGGGAAUCCUCUACACUAUCGAUACCGAGAACUCCACUGUCGCACUCGCUAAAGUGCGCUCAUUUGGAACUGAGGAUCGCCCAACUGACAGGCCGAUUCUGCCCCGGGAUGAGACCUAUGAGUACAUCAUCUUCAGAGGCAGUGACAUUAAAGAUCUGACUGUUUGUGAACCUCCCAAGCCAUCUUUGCCUCAGGACCCUGCAAUUGUUCAGUCUUCUAUGAGUUCUGCUGCUCCACCAUCAGCUUUUCAGAGUGGAAACUCAUAUGGGCUGUUUAAACAGGCUCCGGUGUCUCCGUACAGCCAGUUCACUGCCAGUCCAUUGGUUUCACCCCCGUUUGGGACUGUUGGAGUUGGGGGGGGCUCAUUGGCCUCAUUUGGUAAUGAGCCAGACAUGGCUGCAGCCCUGUCUCAGAGUAAUGAUUUUGGCUCUGCUUUCACCAAUAACUUUCUGAUUGCUUUGUUGUUGGAAGGUCGCAGCAGUCCUGCCCUCGACCCCUUACAGAAGAGUCCGCCUGUGGAAUCAUCAGCACCAUUGGCCUCGUCAGUCAGCAGUACUGCACCUGUGCCCGUGAGCCGCAGGAGCCCCAUCACAUCACGACUCAGCACAACCAAUACUCAGAAGGCCUCAGAUGCCCCGGAACAGAGGAGGGUUGAUGGCCGGUCUAGAUUACGCUCAGGACUCGGGCAUGCAGCAGGAGAUUCCAGUGCUGUUCACUCGGGGUUUCAGUCAGCAGGCAUUGAUGCACCAAAAGUGGCUGCCCGACCCGAGUCUGAUCAGUCCAGAGGUGAAAGUAAGGAAGCCCCUAAGCGGCAAGCAGCUGCUGGGCCACAAGGUCCACGCCGUGGUCGUGGUGGAGGGCAUCGGGGGAGAGGCCGUUACCCUGUGAGAAGAGAUGGACCCAUGAAAUUUGAGAAAGAUUUUGAUUUUGAGAGCGCCAAUGCCCAGUUUAACAAGGAGGAGAUUGACAAGGAGUUCCAGAGCAAACUCAAGCUUAAAGAUGAGAAGCCAGAGAAAGCUUUGAAUGGGGAGGAUAAAGGUGACUCAGGGGUAGAUACUCAAAACAGUGAAGGUAAUGCUGACGAGGAAGAUCCACUGGGACCCAAGUGCUACUACGACAAGUCCAAGUCUUUCUUUGACAACAUUUCUUGUGAUGACACCAGGGAAAGGAGACAGACGUGGGCAGAGGAGAGGCGAAUGAAUGCCGAGACGUUCGGUAUCCCAUUCCGCCAGAACAGAAACCGAGGUGGAUUUCGGGGCCGUGGGGGCAUGGGCUUCCGUGGUCAUGGGCGUGGUCGUGGAGCCAGCCGGGGGUCUUUUGGAGCACCACAUGCAGGAGGCAGUGGAUUCAGAGGGAGUUACAGAGGAAGCCAGGGGGGAAGAGAGUUCUCCAGUUUUGAAUACAGGAAGGACAACAAAGUAGCUGCGUAGUGCAAUGGAAAGCUGGAGCCACAGGAUGGUGUAUUUCAUGGGUAUAUGUAUUUCAUCACUACUUUUGACAAGAAGAAUGAAGUUAAAAUUUACAAGAUGUAUACUUGUCACCAGCACUGGUUUAGACCACUGGAGGAGUGGAUAUAAAUGCAAUUUCUUUUCCAUAUCUUUAAAGAGUGGAAAUGUUUCAGCCUUUUAAAAUAUUAAUCUGACAAGAAUAUUUCCAAAUGGGGUAAUUUGUGUAUGAACAUAUAUUUUAGAGCAACUAAUUUUUUUUUUUUUUCUUCAGUACUAAACUUGUAUUUAAUAACCAAUUAGUUCUAAACGAGUAGUGUGUAUAUAUAUGCCUUUGAUCACUGAAAUAGCUUUAUUAUUAUUUUGAAUUUUUUUUCCAACUUUUUACUGUAUUUUUCUACUUGCUCACAUUCUUGAAGUCUGUUGGUAGGAAUUGUAAUUAUACUUGUUCAAUUUAACUAGCAUGUGGUUGGAUUUCCUUCGAAUGUCCAAACUACUCUGGUACAUUGUUUUUGUGUUUGCUAUCUUAACAAAAGAGUAUGGUUCAUUGCUUAAGGAAACAUCAGUGUGACUAGUAAACAUGGAUGUUAGAGAGAAUGACUAGGAGAUGUUUUCCUCCAGAAAGGUAUUUAUGAAUUAUUUUUCCACGCAUAGCUACAUUGCUUCGACUUGCAGUUUUAAAAAGGUUAUGCUGAAACGUUUCACUUCAUAUGACACCAGUCAGUAGGCACUAAAUGUCACCUUUUAUAUGCUGCACCUGCCUUGUAGCUGUACUUAAGCUGUUAUAAGGCCUGUGGCUUCACACGUGAACAUUUACAAACACGCGAGGCUAAAGCAUAUGAUGUGAUAUUAACAAGAAUAGCACUGGCUCUGUUAAGUGGCUAAGUCCUUAUAUUCUACACUUGAAUUCAUUGUGAUAUGUCACUGAUAACGUAAUCUUUUAUUCAGUGGAAAGGCGUAUAUGAUAAAAUGCGUCCUGUGCUUUAGCAUGUAUAGCCACUUGUUUUUAAAGUUUGAAGUCAGCAGUGAUGCCGGUAGACUUGGAUUUAGUAUGGUGCAGACUGUUGAGUUCAGCUGUAAGGCAAGUGAAUAGUACAAUGGCCACUAAAGGUGUUAUUUACUACUUAUUUCUUACGUUAUUCUGCUGAGUAUUAGUAUCGUACCUGCACUAUUUACCCGAGUAGCAAGUAGGUAAACGUGUACAGUGAGGCUGUGGAACAUAAAGAUUUGUGCCAUCCUUGACUGCAGAAGGCUGUUUACUUCAGUUAGCUAUUGUGUUCCUCUUGCAUUGUCUACACCACUGUAUGGAUUGAUGUUUAUAAUGUUGGCAGUUAGAUAUAGAACGAAUUAAUAUUCCUUGAUCUGGUUUCAAAAGCAUGUAAUUUGAUGAAGUGGCUGAAUAUCUUAUUUGACUUGAGUGUGCUCACAGUACAUGUGCACAACGUAAGCUCCUGUCUACACUGGUACGUGUGCGAGCCCUAUUCACCGAUCCAUUUCUAAUUCUGUUUUGUGUUCUUACAACAUGCAUGAACUUCUCGAAGACUCGCUGAUAAUCAGUGCCUCAUUGUGGUUUUUAAUUUGGGAAAAACUUCAGAUUAGUUCAAGAUCUCUGAUCUAACUGGUAGAAUGUUCAAAAAAGUAAGUAAAAUGCACAUGCUUAAAAUAGUCAAAAUAGCUAUUUCUGAUUUGUUAAUAUCUCACAGGUAUCGUUUACAAAUGUUAACGAUUCUGCUUAAUUAAAUUUAGCUUCUGAACUUUUCUACCUCACAUAGCUUAUAAGAUGGAAAAAAUACACUUCUAUAUGAAUGGUCUACACAACACUACAUUCACCAAAAAACGCUAUAUGAAAAGUUAUGGCACCAAUGUUUUUAAAAAAUUAUACUCUGAGUAAAAGUUGGACUGAUUUGAAGAAUUUAUGUUGUAAAUUUUAUUCAUUAAAUCAGGUUUUAGUUGCUUUGUAAAGCAUCAGAUUUGUGGCUCCACCCUGAAAUUAUUAGUUUUUACCCUCCACUGACUGAUUUAGUUUUGAGUGUGAUUUGAACAAAAUGCUUCUUUCCCUGUUCAUUGUUGGACCUCUUCAGUUGCUCUCUAAAUGGUUUGCAGGAAGAAUGUGAACUUGUGUAAAAUACCAAAAAAAAAAAAAUUGCAAUAGUGCUAGAUUUAUUUUUAAGUUUUUGGGUCAUAGUUAUUAACUAGAACUAUGUCACUGCUAGUUGGAAAUGUUUUGUCAUGUUUCCCAUUAGACUUUUCAUUCACUAAAAAUCAGUUUGUCUGGUGUAUUUUUGUCAAAUAUGUUAGCAUUAGCAAUAAUUUUUGGUGUUUUUAUUUUUUUUUAUUUUUUUAUUUUUUUUUUUUUUUACUAUCUGGGAGCUUACUAAUUAUUUUUGGGUGCUAGAGAUCACCAUGGCAUGGUAAAGUACAAGUAGCUACUAAUAAAGCAAAACAUGCUUUGCAUUGAGCAAAAUAAUUUAGAAAUGCACUUUUGCACUUACAGUAAUCUCUUCAAUCCAAUUCUCAAUUUCUGAUGGCUCGUGUCAGCAUUUAUAAAGGAAUACUCAGAAUAUUGUUUAAGAUUUUCCACACAGUCUGUAUAGAUGUCAUCCUAUGAAAUGUUACAUGCUUCAUAGAGAACUAAUGACUGGAUAUCCCUUGCGAGUAUAGAAGAAAUUUAUGAUGGAAAAAAAAUUUAAGAGAACUUUAGUGUGUGUCAUAUUUUUCAUUCAUUGCGUUCCAGGAUCUGUUCUUUCCUAUACUUGCGUUAGUUUUCAGGGCAGUGUGAAAUCCAGACUUAAUUUAGGCAUAAAGCAUUCUUCUCUUGUCAAAAUAAUUUUCUGCUGAUUUAACCAUUCAUGAUCAGCACUCGUUAGCACAUCUUAUUAGGAUGUGCUAUAUUCACUGUCGGGCAGUCACUGCAUGCUGGUGUUGCCAUGGAACAUAGGACAAAAUGUAUGGCAAUGCUUGUGAGGCAGAUGCUGUCACAGAAAUGUACAAUUGUGAGCCUGAAUAUCACUUUCCUUCAGUAAGAUUUAACUUUACAUUUUCUUUCAAGCAUGAGGGUGUAGCUCAGUGUAAAGGGAUUUUUACUCUGAAACUACAAUAAACUGUUAAUUAUUACCUG